UAUUGCUGUUGCACGCCAAGUUUCGCAAACAUCCGUUGUUGUAUCGAGCAGGAUUAUGAAAGCAUGCGCAGGCGCUACUUUAUAGCUGGGCCCGUGGACAUUAGCAGACAGAUGGCUCGAGCUGAAUGGCCUAUUUAGGACCUCGGCUCGGAUUGUCACGCACCCUUCUCCCCGGUGUGUCCGGGUCCAGGCUCCUCGGCUCGGUCGUUAUGGACGACAUGGGCCUGGUCACGAGCCGCUCCCCGCUGGAGCGACUCCCCUUCGACAACGUCGCCCUGAGGAAACUCCCGCUGGACCCGUGCGAGGACGCGGGGGUGCGGCAGGUGAAGGGCGCGUGCUUCUCCCGCGUGAAGCCGCAGCCGCUGACCGAGCCUCGGUUCGUGGCCGUGUCGCACGAAGCCCUGGCGCUGCUCGGGCUCGACGGGGAGCGGGUCGUGAGCGAUCCGCUCGCAGCGGAGUACCUGAGCGGCUCCAAAGUCAUGCCCGGGUCCGAGCCCGCCGCGCACUGCUACUGCGGGCACCAGUUUGGCCAGUUCGCCGGGCAGCUGGGCGACGGGGCGGCCUGCUACCUGGGGGAGGUGAGAGCGCCACCCGAUCUGGACCAGGCGCUGCUGCAGGAAAACCCCAGCGGCCGGUGGGAGAUACAGGUGAAGGGGGCUGGACUCACGCCUUACUCCAGACAAGCUGAUGGUCGGAAGGUGCUGCGCUCCAGCAUAAGAGAAUUCCUCUGCAGCGAGGCCAUGUUCUUCCUGGGCGUCCCCACCACCAGAGCCGGCUCUGUCGUGACCUCCGACAGCAGGGUCAUGCGCGACGUGUACUACAGCGGGAACCCUCGUUACGAGAGAUGCUCCGUGGUGCUCCGCAUCGCUCCCACCUUCCUCAGGUUUGGAUCGUUUGAAAUCUUCAAGCCGGCGGAUGAGUUCACGGGCCGCCAGGGUCCCAGUUAUGGGCGCGACGAAAUCCGAGCACAAAUGAUGGACUACGUCAUCGAAAUGUUUUAUCCCGAGAUCCAGCAAGCUCACUCCGACCGAGUGGAAAGGAACGUGGCUUUCUUCAGGGAGGUGGUGCUUCGUACGGCCCGACUCGUUGCCCAGUGGCAGUGUGUAGGGUUCUGUCACGGGGUCCUGAAUACAGACAACAUGAGCAUUCUGGGACUCACGCUGGACUACGGUCCGUAUGGCUUCAUGGACAGGUUUGAUCCAGACUUCAUUUGCAACGCCUCCGACAACUCUGGCCGUUACUCCUACCAGGCCCAGCCGGCCGUCUGCAGGUGGAACCUGGUGAAGCUGGCAGAGGCUCUUGCUCCAGAGCUGCCCCCAGACCGUGCGAAGGCGGUUCUGGACGAGUACAUGAGCCUGUACAAUGAAUCCUACCUCGAAAACAUGAGGAAGAAACUGGGCUUACUGAAGAAGGAAGAGCCCGAGGAUGAGAACCUGAUCACAGAGCUGCUGCAGACCAUGCACAACACAGGUGCUGACUUUACCAACACCUUCCGCAGUUUGAGUCAGAUUUCUUGUCCCAGUGAUGGGGAAAGUGAUGAAGGAGAGAAUGCUGUCAAACAAGCCAUAGAGCUGCUGUUGGAACAGUGUGCAUCCUUAGAGGAGCUUAAAGCUGCCAACAAGCCCACGAUGGAUCCACGUGAGUUGGCCAUGCUGGUCUCUAUGGCUCAGAGCAACCCAGCGCUGUUCCACAUGAUCUCAGACAGGAUGACGUUAGGGAGGCAAUUAGACCGACUCGGCAGGCUGAAGGACCUGAUGGAGACCAGUCAGGAAGAGCUGAGAGCUAAACACGCUGAGGAGUGGACCCAGUGGCUACAGCUCUACAGGAAGCGUCUGGCCCGCGAGUUGGACGGCCAGAGUGACGUGCGUGUCGCGCAGGAGGAGAGGGUGAGGGUGAUGGACAGCACCAACCCUCGCGUGGUGCUCAGAAACUACAUUGCCCAGAAUGCAAUAGAGGCUGCGGAGAACGGAGACUUCACUGAGGUCCGGCGGGUCCUUACGGUUCUGAAGCGGCCGUACUCGUCGCAGCCAGGCCUGGAGCUUCCUGCCUCGGUGGGUGGAGGCGGCGGCACCGUCCCAGGAGAGAGAGACGAGGCAGAGGAACAGCAAGAGGCAGCGUCUGCAUCCACAGCCAGACAUCCUGUGCCCUAUGACAGCAAGCCCCCGGCCUGGGCCACUGAGAUCUGCGUCACCUGAUCUUCAUAGUGACUUCCUGGGCGUUAGCGUUCCUGCUUAAAGCCAUGAGAGUUCACUUUGCACCUUAAAGUCCCCCGUUAACUCUCUGCCGCUUUGACAGGCAGCGACCAGGAAGGCACGAGGCUCGGCGUCCCAAAGGCAACCUGGCUGAAACUAAGCGGACGAGGAAUGAGUUGAGAUCGAUGGAAAACACGGAAUGAAGAUCACGUAUAGUGGAAAACUGUGGAUCGUGUGAGAAGUGGCUAAAUUUGACGCUAUGCUUAUUCCAACAUCAUUUACGGAAUCUGGCAUUAGGUCAGCUUUUUAAAUCCACAAAUGGGAAUUGCGUUCUGCCCCUGAACGUGAGAUGCAUCAGGUGAAAAUUUGAAUUCCCAGUUAUAAUUAAGCACAGCUCCACAUUAUGAGACAGAUUUCUUGUAUUUCUGAGUGCAACAAAUAUCCUCAACUUGUUCCUUGUCUUGUUAGUGUCUGCUGAGCUAUUAAUGACGACUCAGACAAAAAGUCCUUCAGUGACAAGUCUGACUCUGACAAAUUGGCAGAUGCCGCCUCGACAAAUAGUCUUAUGUGUAUGAGACGGAGAAUGUUGUUAAAAAGCCGCAGUAGUUAAACACGCACAGCAUAUUCUCCUUCUCUUUUAACAGAAAACUGCUUCUUUUUGCCACAUUAUAGACACGUGCCUGUUUUUAUUAUCAGCGUCAGACUGCAGCUGGGAGUGGAGCACAGAAAUAGAAGAACUGCAACUUUAACUUUUUGUAACAGUUUGAGAGAAGGUUCCAUCAUAUUGUAUGAAAACAUGAUUCAGUGAUGAAGCAUUUAUACCCAUUUAUUAUUACUGUGACACCUCCUCUUGUUAGUUCAUAUGACUCAGGGCCGAUGUUUCAGCUCUGUCUCCUUUAAAGAAUCUAUGCAACAGGAUGUUACCUUGGUUACAUUUUGUUUAGCCAAUCUAUUUAGAAUUUUUGUAAUUUUUCUUAAAAAGCCUAUUAUAAAAAUAAAGAAAUUUCCAUAAAUUAUAUUAUUUUUAUUUAAUGAGUAUAAAAUAUAUUGUAGCCUUGAUUUCUUUAAUAAUAAAAGCUGCAUUUUCCCUUUG